CGCGUCUUACAUUCGCGCGGAUGCCAUCAACGUCCGGACGGUAAUCGAAACAGAUCCGCCACCGAACCGACCGAUCCAGCAUCCGGUGAAUUAUUUUUUACGUGCAUCCGCCAUGUCUUUCGGAGAACGUUUCUUGGUUUUCUCGUGUCUAGUUUGUGCGAUCGGGUGCACCCAGCUCAACAAUGGGACCGUCGCGGACGAGAAUCGGAAAAGCUCGCGAAAAAGCCGCGUCUUGACAUCUUACGCGGGGUUGGUCACGUGCGCAGUCAAGUAUGACGCAGAUUGUUUCAUCGAUGCGGCGCAGGAAUAUCUGGAAGACGAAAGAACUGAUCUGCUAGCUGAAGCAGAUGCUGCCGCCUAUAGAGCUACUGGGCGCUCCGAUCCAGAGAGCAAGCCUUCCCAUUUGGUCGAUGUUAUCGGUAAGCUUAUUACCGAACUGAGCAAGAUGUUCGAAGGCGGGUUCUCCGGAUUUUUUAAAAGCGCCAGGGAGAACGACGAAGAAGACGACAAAAACAUCUUAGAAGAGGGCGAGAACGACACCGCAAGGGCCAACGGAGCACAGGCACUGAGCACAGGAGAGACGCGAAAGAAGGGAAAGCACGACGGUCUCAUCAAAAAACUGAUCCGCCUUAUCAAGCUCAUCAUCUACGCCAUCGUGCUAGUGAUCAAGAUCCACACGGUACUUGCCAUAUUUCACGGUUUCCUUAAGCUCAAGUUCCUGCUGGUGACAAUUUGGGCGCUGGCAUUUUUCGGCCUUAAGGUAUUUUUGUCGUAUAAAAAUGGUGCGGACCACGUAGUCCUCUACGAGGAUGUUAAGCAUGAGCACCACUACGAAGAGGACGAUGUGCCUAUAGAGGACUGGAAGUCGUCAUAUUAUGGCCAUACAUCGUACAAAGAUCGGUUAGACUACGCCCAAAAUUUGGCUUACAAGAAGCGGAAGCCGCAAGUUUCUACCGAAUCUCCCUAUUUUUGGUUCAAUUAAGUCUCGACUCAGUGCUAUUUACUCCUUUAUUCUGGACUAUUUUUUUGUGUAUCAAAAAAAUUCGUUCUUACCUGUAAAUAUAUAAACUUUAUAGUUUGUGGAUUUUAAUUGAGCUAUUCAGUUCGAGCACGGUAUUUUAUGACAAAUCAUUACUAGUUGAUGCAUUUGUUCAUGAAAUGCAGGACGCAUGUACUUGAGUUUCUUGCAAUUGAACUCAAGCACCUGAAAAUACUCAACUGAAAAGUGUAUUACUUUUCGCCUCAAAUAUUGAAUUCUAUACUUCAAUUUAUUUAUUUAUUUAUUUAUUUGUUUUAUAUCAAUUUAACUAACAUUCCCUAGUCAGUGCACGGCAUUUUGUGUAUGUACCUAUUUGAUUGUUCGAGAGAAGAAUAUUAAAAUUUCUGA